UUAAUGACAGAGGCUGCAAGGUAGAGGAGAGCAGCUGCAAAGCAAGAAUGCAAACAGAGAGACAGGAAGAACAGAGACGUGUUAAAAGAUAGAAAUAUUACAACAGAGAAAGAGAGAAGUUAAAGUCCCAGAGUGCAUCGGUGGAGCCUUUACACAGACAUGAAUAAUCGCUCCAUCGCCUGGUGGCUGAGACAGAUUGGCCUGCCGCAGUACACCAAGACGCUAGAAAGUGAAUAUUAUGGUCUUGAGGGUUUGUUGAAUGUAACUGAUGGGGAGCUGAGAGAAGCCGGGGUCGAGGAUGCAAUACACCGAGAAACCAUCAUGAAUCAGCUUUCAAGAGACAGACAGAGACUGGACCCAUGCUCUGCUGUGCAGGUCCGCGAGCGCAGGGUGAGCAGAAAGUACUCCCUGGGAUCGUCUUUGGACCUGGUGAAGCCUGGGAAGGACCUUUUCCGUCAGAGUGUUCUACCCCGCCUCCAACGUGCUGACAAAAAACACCGCCUGUCCGCCUCCUGCUCGCAGCUCCGCCCGCUGAACGAGGACAACACUCAGAUCAGUGAGAGUCAGGACAGCAAACACAGCAAGAGGAGGAGUGUCAGUGCAUACCUCAGCCAGCUGAAGGUUUUUGGUGGUCGGAGAGAGAUGGACUCGUUGAAGAAGGAGCUGGAGGAGGAGUUGAAGCUCAGCACUGAGGACCCGAGGAGUCAUGCAUGGUUCCACGGACCACUGACCCGAGAGGCUGCAGAGUCUCUGUUUGGGAGGGACGGAGAUUUCCUGGUUCGGGACUCAAGCUCUUCCCCAGGCGACUAUGUUUUGAGCUGCCUUUGGAAGAACGAGCCGAUGCACUUUAAGAUCAUACGAGUGGUUCUUCGCCCCAAAAAGGGCUACUCUCGGGAGCUGUUCCAGUUUGAGGAGGAUCGCUUUGACAAUGUUCCCGCUCUGAUCCGGUUCUAUGUGGGCGGCCGUCGGCCCAUCUCCCAGGCCUCAGGCGCGGUGAUCUUUCACCCGAUCACACGGACGCUUCCUUUGCGUGUCAUCAAUGAGCAAAAUGCGGACGGCCAAAGUAACAGCGGCCACAGCAGCAGAGGUGCAGGGAGAGAAAAGAACAAUGAGCCCAACAAAAGACGCAGUUUCAGCUCCACGCAUGCUGACUCAAUACAGUUCAUUAAUCCUCUGUUAAGGACUGGAAGUCAACCUGCUAACUUGGAGCAUGUGGGACGGAGGCCUUCUCUUCAGUCGGCACAGUCUGACAGCAACCUACGAACUGGUAUUCCACAGACCACUCAGUCAGAGGACAUCGACCACGCCCCCAUCUCCCCUGUGUUUCGCACAGGCAGUGAACCUCUGCUGAGCCCUCGACCCCGAAACACACGUCCGUCCCAUCCAGGUGGUGGUGUAACUUUACGGGGCUCAGAUGGACAGCUGCACUCCAGAGCUCCUCCCAAACCUCUCAGAGUCUCUACUUUUUUUGCCAACGCUAUGCCUCCUCCACCCUUAGACUCGGACGAAGACCCCUCCUCUUUCUACAAUGAGCUGGUCAUCCAGGUGCCACAGUCCCAAUGUAAAGGGCACGUGGACAGAUUACGUGCGGAGGAGAAGUGGCAGAGCCGCGCACGACUCACAGAAACUUCCUUCGGCUUCCUGGAGGCCCAGAAGAACGAGGCAUCGUCACAGCCGCUGUUUGACAGAGAGCUGGCGAGGAAGGCAGCGGAGGGAGAGGAGGACUGGCAUUUUGAACGACCACAUAUCGAGUCGGAGUCAAGUUUCCAGUUGGAUAAGUUUGAGUCGCUGCUUUUACCAGAGAACAACCGACCCCUGGAGCCCAGCAUCCUGCUGACGAUCAAAGAGCUCUUCAACCGCUCCGAUGCCAACACCACCGCUCUGCACAUGCUCAGCGUCGACUGCCAGGUAGCACGGAUCGUUGGGGUGACGGAUGAGCAGAAGAGGCUCAUGGGAGUUGGAUCAGGGCUGGAGCUUGUCACUCUGCCACAUGGACACCAGCUACGACAGGAUCUGUUAGAAAGACAUCAUCUCAUCGCACUGGGAGUCGCAGUGGACGUCCUGGGCUGCACAGGAACCGUGAGCCAAAGGGCAACUGUUUUACAUAAAUUAAUCUCAUUGGCUCAGGCGCUGAAAGAACAUACCCACAACCUUUACUCCUUCUCGGCCAUGAUGAAGGCUCUGGAGAUGCCUCAGAUAGAACGACUGGAGAUGACGUGGCGAGCGCUGCGGAGGAACCACACAGAGAGUGCAGUUUUAUUUGAGAAGAAACUCAAGCCCUUCAUGAACUCGCUGAACGAGGGAGACGAUUCUGUAGUUCAGGGCCCCAUCGCCGUGCCACACCUCGUUCCUCUGCUGAUGACGAUGGAGGGUGAGGACCCAGUCGAGAACAGCGACAGAGGCUGUGAGCUUCUCUUUGAUGUUCUCCAAUCAGCACGCAGCGCUGCACUACAUGCACAAGACUAUCAGGAGCACGCACACACUCUGCUCACAGGAGGCUGGGAGCCGAUCCCUGAGCUGCUCGAGGUUUUCCGGACAGAGUUCGCCCUGCGCCUGCUCUGGGGUCAGUCGGGUGCGUCUGCCAGCAGAAAGGAGCGCUACGAGAAGUUUGACAAAAUUCUCUGUGUUCUCUCGGAUAAACUGGAGCCUGUGGAGAUCACCCCACAGCAACCUGACACUUUAACCUGACCCUCCGGGCGCUUGCUUCACUGAGUGAAAGAUGACAUCGGCAUCGAAAGACAAAAAGAUGCUUUUAGUUGAGUUUAUGUCAAGGAUUGACCUUUGACAUCACACAGACAUAAAGAGAGAAGUUCUUUUUGUUUCACUGGCUGAGAUGUGACUGUUGAGAUUUUGAUAUGACAACUUUGUAAAAAAUUAAUUACUGUGUGGACUGACUUUACUGUGAAAAGGACUUUGCUUGAUCCAUUUUCCUUUUGCAGGAAAUCUGACAUUGUUUACCCAAAAAAUAUCUGUUUACUUUUCCGAAUGUGCAUUUCUGAUACUCAGAUACUGGAGGCUCCAAUGGACAUUAUUAAAACUGAGUUCAGGAACUGCUGCUCUGUGGAA